UGGAUGUGUCAGCAGUAAGCACCUAGCAUGCUACUGGCUAAAUGUGUAAACCUGCUCUUUUUAGCACACUUUAAAGUCAACUCUUGUGCCGUUUUUUGGACCUUGUCUGUCUGCUAGUAUGAAUUCGCCGAAGAACGUGGAUAUAUUUUGAGUCUUUACGCUUCGUGCCGAGAUUUAUUGAGUUAUUUUUACAUGUCUUUUCGGCGUGAACAUCACCUCUGACUGGAGGAAGCACAACUGGGCUAGUUUGUGAGGCGGCAGCUCGGAGAGAUCAGAGGGGAUGGAUCCUCUGGGUGCUCGCUCCCAGUUUGUCGACAUCCAGACUCUUCCCACUUGGCAGCAGCAGCUGGGCGACGAUGGCGAGGAAACGCCACAGGACCGGAGCGACAGUCUGCUCAGCCAGCAGGUUUUCCCUUCUCCCUUCCCCUUCAGACCAGACAUCAACCGCAAGAUCGUCCUCUUCACGGGGGACAUCGCACUGCUGAACAGCACCGCCAUUGUGAACACGAGCAACGAGUCGCUGUCCGACAAGAACCCCGUGUCGGACAGCAUCCACCAGCUUGCGGGGCCCGAGCUGCGAGACGAGCUGCUCAAACUCAAAGGCUGUCGGACAGGGGAGGCCAAGCUCACCAAAGGCUUUAACCUGGCAGCGAGGUUCAUCGUCCACACAGUGGGACCAAAGUACAAGAACAAGUACAGGACGGCGGCCGAGAGCUCGUUGUACAGCUGCUACAGGAACAUCAUGCAGCUGGCUGCAGAGCAGUCGAUGGCAUCUGUCGGCUUGUGUGUGGUGAGCACGGUGAAGAGAGGUUACCCGCUGGAGGAUGCUACACACAUCGCUUUCAGAACAGUUCGCAGGUUCCUGGAGAACCAUGGAAACAGCAUUGAGGCGGUGGUGUUUGCCGUUUCAGACACUGAGGAGCCGACGUAUAAGAAGUUACUGCCGCUGUACUACCCUCGCUCUGAGGACGAGGAGAAGGCCUGUCUGCCUCUCAUCCCCGCCGACAUCGGCAACUCCGAGGGCGAACCCGUCGUCCCGGAGAGACAGAUCCGCAUCGCGGAGAAGCCCGGCAGCCUGGAAGACGACGCCGAGGAGGACAAUCUGGACGAGGAUCUGGGUCAGGUGGGGAAUCACGCUUUUGCCCGGAUGGAGGGCGACGUGGACAAACAACGGAAACUGAUCCUGCAGGGCCAGAUGUCAGACGCGGCCAUGCAGAAACAACACCAGAGGAAUUAUAACCGCUGGCUGUGCCAAGCGAGGGCCGAGGAUCUGUCGGACAUCGCCGCGCUGAAAGCCUUAUAUCAAACCGGUGCGGACAUGUGUGGCCGGACCGUGAUGGUCGUGGUCGGACGAAACAUCCCGGUGACGCUCAUUGACCUGGAAAAGGCUCUGCUGUACUUCAUCCACGUCAUGGACCACAUCACGGUGAAGGAGUACGUGAUGGUUUAUUUCCACACGCUGACGGGCGAGCACAACCACCUGAACGCCGACUUCCUCAAAAACCUCUACGACAUUGUCGACGCCAAGUUUAAAAAGAAUCUAAAGGCCUUCUACUUUGUACAUCCAACAUUUCGAUCUAAGGUCUCGACAUGGUUCUUCACCACUUUCACUGUGUCGGGGAUGAAGGAAAAAGUCUGCUACCUGGACAACCUGCGGCAGCUCUUCACCUGCGUCAGACCCGAGCAGAUCGACAUUCCUCCCUUCGUCCUGGAGUACGACGCACGGGUGAACGGACCAUACCGCCCCGCCCACUCCUCCGGUCUGUGACGCCCACAUCAGGAGCGUCUCCGCCGGGACGAGGAGGCGGUGACGGCCUGUCAGACGGGAUGACAGGUUAGCGUUGUGUGGUCUGACCUCGUCACCUCCUCGUCGAGAACCCCGCGGCGAGGCGGAGGAAACGCGCUCUCCCUUUGUUUCGCUCUCGGCUGGAAAAAAAAAAGGGAGAAAAUGAACAGUGGCAGCCCUCACUCAGCCAGCGACAUCUGGCCCGGUAAGCGGUCAUUCGCAUUCACCACAAGACUAUUUGUGGACCUGGUUUGGGUUUCUGGAUUAUGCCUUACACUAAGAGUUCCCAUUCAGCAGUUUCCUCAAACAUCCCUAAAUAUGAAGUGUCAUGUCGAGCCUGACAUUUGCUCAGACUGUACGACCGUAUCCGAUGUCCUCGACCUUAACCGUCCUCCUGCAUCAUCGGGCUUCUGUCAAAGCCCGGACACUGGAGGAAGAAUCUGCCUGGAUUCACACGUGAUCUCGCUCGCUCGCUCGCUCUCUCUCUCUCUCUCUGUCUCUGCGAACCUUUUAAUCGCGUCACUCUGGACGAUUUAAAGUCUGAGAUUUUUUGGGGUACGACUUUCUUGACACGGGACGUUUUCGCCUCUCUGUUCCCCGUAGCUUUACUUUCAUCACAAUCUUUAUUUUAUUUUAUCCAUUUUUCAACUUAAAGGAAUAGUUUGACAUUUAGGGUAAUACAUACUCAUUAGGCUAAAGCUAAAAUCACUUUAGUCUUUUGUUAUUUUACAGGGUUCCCACAGGUCCUUGAAAUCCUUGAAAGUGUGUGAAUUUGAAAAUCGACCUCAAUAGACAUGAGUCAUUGAAAGUGCUUGAAAAUAGUUUGAUAUUUAGGUAAAUGUGCCCUGCGUUACGUUAAGUCGUAAUUACUAUCUUACUGAUGUGAGAGUCCGUGCAGAACAAUGAGCGUGUAAAGUUAAAACGAGAGCAAAUGACGACGUGAUGCCUGGGAAAUUAAAAUUCCAAAGAUCGACUUUGACCGAGAUCCCAAGGACAAUCAAGUGGGAAGAAGAAGCUCUCGUGUUGGAUUUGAGGGGAAUCGGUCCUGGAAAGUUCUUGAAAAGUACUCAAAUUUGAUGUCAACCAAGGUGUGGGAACCCUGAUUUUAAUGAAGACUAAAAGAAGACAUCACAGCAAACUAGAGUUUGAAAAAAGUUCUUUAUUAUUUAACCAACAAGUAUUAUAUUGUUCAUCUGAUACCUGAGAACAAAUGUUUUAUUUACCAAAAAAAAAGCUAAUUCGGCUGCAACAACUAAUCAAUUCGGCAACUAUUUUGUUAAUUCAUUCAUUUGAUGAAUUGUGUUUUUUUUUUAUAGGUUUCUUUGCGCCAUAUAACAAAGAAAGCAUGACAUUACUUAAUAAUAAUAAUGGUUUGUGGAUGAAAAAAGACAUUUAAUAACGUCAUUUCAAGGUUUUGGAACAAUCAAUCAACAUUUUCUGUCAUUUUAUGGACCAAACAACUCACCGAUUAACUCGAGAGACUAAUCGAAAGUUAGUUGCGGCUCUAAAAAAAAACUUCAAAAUUGAAAUCCACACACUUACAUACGUUUUGAUUUAAGCUUUGAAGUCAAAGUACAGAAACCUUGGUGUACAGCCCACCAUUUUCCUAAAAUGUGUCGCUCCUUCUGUUUUACGAGCACAUUUCAGACUCCGCUUUAGCUUCGAUUCUCGAUUAACAAAGUGUCCUUGUCUCAAGAAAUGCUGGACAGUUUUGGCCCAUUCUGACUCUCACUCACCACUUUGUUUUAAAGGUACACAAUGUGUGUUUUCAAAUCAAAACAAAGAACACUUUUUUAAAAUCCAAUCACGCUCUUGUUUUGAAGGGACACAGGUUUGUUUGUUUGUUUUUGUUUUAAUUUAAUUGCACAGUUUGCUCUACUUUUCUUGUUGUUUCCACUAUCCACUAGUUGUCAUUGAUAUUAGAUGUAAUUAGGAUUAUUUCGACACUGUUCACUUUAGUUUAUCGGUGCAUGAUCUGAUGCGGCAAUUCCUGUUUCCUCUUUGAGCCCCAGAGUCAAGGGUUGAACCUGCACGUCUGCGGUGAUUCCACACGUCCCUGAGACCUAGACCAAGACCUUGUAUAUCUUAAUUUAUUUUAAUUGUGCUGUCAGGAACACCUUUUUUCUUUUUUUGGCAAAGCCCUUAAUGACAGAGAUUAACCGGAUUAAUAAAUCAAACCCUGCACCAUCACAAAGGUCAUGUGAAAACACCACACAGCUCAUUUAAUAGUGGUCAAAAUAAGAAGUAGGAGACGUAUUUUUCUAUCAUUGAAAGGAGGCAAAAUAAAAAGGUUUCAGUUCCACAAAAUCCCCGUCUCACUUUUUACAAAACACUCAUAAAUAUAUGUAUAUAUAUAAAUAUAAACAAUCACCGAUGAGCCAAAUUUUAACUUUCUGCAAAGUAAAUGACUUUUUUUUCUUUUUUUUUUACUAAUUUGUUGUGAUGAAUGCUAAUGAUUUACAGGAAGUGACAUCAUCGAUGUCAGGUGUGUUGUCUUUUCUUUUUUUAAAAAACAACUUUUCCCUUUGAUGAAUUAAAAUGAUUUUUUUUGUUAAUGUGUUUUUUUUUUCCAGUUUUUAUUUUGACUUUAACUUAUGGUAGAAACUGAUGCUGAGAGAACAAAGGCAAUAAAGUUGUGUAACUAUCAUUUCUAUUCA